CGUUCUUUCAUAUAAUUUUACAUAAUCAUAUUCCAGAGAGAGAAAAUAAAUCAACCUUUUUUUUUUCCGAGAAAGUGAAAGAAAGAAGGAAAAAAAAAAAAACCAAAACAAAACAAAAAUGAGGCAAGCAGGAGCAUACUCAGGAAUAUUAUCAGGAGGGAUAUCAGGGAAAACUGGUCCACACUCUUUGCCAUUGGCAAGGAUCAAGAAGAUCAUGAAGAAAUCUGGGGAGGAUGUGAAAAUGAUAUCAGGGGAGGCUCCAAUUGUGUUCUCAAAGGCUUGUGAGCUUUUCAUACAGGAACUCACUAAGAGGUCUUGGAUGCUAACUCUCCAAGGGAAAAGGAGGAUUCUUCAUAGAGAAGAUGUUGCUUCUGCUGUUAUAGCCACUGAUAUAUUUGACUUUUUAGUCAAUUUGGUUUCUGAUUGUGAUGAUGAUGAUCCUGCUGAUCUUCAUAUCACCACCACGGAGAAAACGGUAGCAGUGAUGGAAAUGUAGCUCUCUCUUUGUUUAAUUAAUUAUCUUAGGGGCACAAAGUACAUAAUUAUUAAAUUGAUGUUUUAUUAUUAUUGUUGUUGUUAUUAUCAUUAGGAAUGUUUUCGAUAAUAUACUGAUAUUAUUAAGUUAUUAUUAAAUGUAUAAACAAAAAAUAAAAAAGUUAUUGUUUUG